CCUAGAUAUUCCUUCCCAUCCUCCUGCUCUUUCUUCAUUUCAGCAUUCCCUCUGAGUUGGGGGCAUGUCCAAUAUGGUUUAGAGCUGCUUUUGUCUGACUCACAACAGAAAAACCACAGCACAGCUUUGACUACAAGUGUUAAUAGUGAUGUAUCCUCUCGUGUAAACUCUCACAUCGACUGUUACUCAGAGUUUCUUUCCAUUUCAUAGCUUUGCCUUCACUUUCUGUGGAUUUGCAUCAUCCUCACUUCUUGAAGACCUAAAAGUUUUGGACUUCUCUCUCCAGCUUCAACCGCUCACACUGUAAACCUUCAACCAUGCAGAGGCCAAGGACAUGGAUCACGAUCAUUUGUCUGUGUGGCACAGCUUUAUGUGGACAAAGCCUGAAUUAUCUGCACAACACGGAUGCAUACUUGGAAACGUCUUCAGAGUCACCUGAAAUAGAAACAGCAGCCGUUCAUCCACCUGGAGUUGACACAGGUGUGACCCUGUUAGAUACAUAUGCUUUAAGCGGUACCCUCCCUGCGGAAGAGAGUGAGGAUGAGCUUCUCCAAAUAGAGGCAGAGGAGGAGAGUGAGCAUCCAGGAGUUGAUUUGAGGAAGCAGCAGGCAGGUAGAAGAAGGAGAGGUGCCUGGGGGAAGAGGAAGCACGCAGCUACAGUGGAGGCCACUGCGUAUCGAAUAGCCGGCUUGGGGCGACCCCUGAUGGGCUGGAGGAAGCGUGGGAGAGGUGAGGAGGAAACCAGUGCUUUAAUGGCUACACUCAAGGAGCUUCAUGCUGAAAAGCAGAGGCUGAUGGAUCAAGGGAAAGCAGAAGGGGAAGAAGAGGAGGAGGAGGAGGAGGAGGAGGACGACGACGACGAUGACGAUGAUGAUGAUGAUGAUGAUGAGGAUGAAGAGGAGGAAGAGGUUUGUGUUAAGUUUAGUGCUCAUUGA